AUGAACAGUAGUCAGCUUCAAGACUGGUUGAAUGGUCUUGAAACAUUGCUGAGGCCGGCAUUGAACCACAACGGAGAAGUCAGUGCUGCGGAGUCCAGAAAAGCGCUUAAACAUAUUGUAGGCAACACCAAGGUCCUUACCAAUUAUCUAGUAUGUAAUUAUGAGCAGACCGAUGCUGUUCAACCCUUGGUGGGCCAGCUUCUGGCAAUAUAUUAUAGAUUAGGUAACGUUUUUGUUAUUUUGCCCUUAUUUAGCUUUUAGGUGUCUUUCGGAACUUUGUGAUACAAACCUUACCUCCACUUAUUUGUGUCUACUUAUCAGCCAUUCAGUUGGGCCAAGACUCGCUGGUUUCUGUGUUCGAAAUGUUAUUUGUGGCCAUUUACAAUGAAGAGAUCUUGGCCGAGGGACCUUGUGCCGAAAAUUUUAAUAAACGGGUGGAUCAAGUGAGGAUUCCUUCUAUAAAGUCGCCAAGUGUCUACCACGACCCCUCAAAAUUGGAUGGUCUUCCUGACAUUGCUGAAUUGAGAGCAGGGAAUAACUCGGGGAUUUUGUGUUCCAUUCAGAUCGGCCCAUAUCCAGCGGCCGAAAAUCUGGUCGGAGAGAACCGGUAUAUUGUGCUCUCUAGGCUCAUAAAACUUGUAAGUCACUUUCUAUAGUCGAUUGUCAACUUUUCAAUGCAUUGCGACUAUCUUUUUCAGAUAAGUAGUAGUCUACAAAAUUUGUCUUUGGAUGUUAUAUGUGAUGCCUUCUGUGAAAUGAUGACCGAUAUCUCCAGGAGCAGUUUUUCUUACAAGGAAUCUCCGUUAAGACAAGAAGUACUUGGUGAUCUAACUAAAGAAAGUGCUUUUCCCGAUCUCCAAAAGUAAGAAAAAACAGCGAGAAACAAUCAUGAUUAUAUUCAUGAUGACACCGGUUUUGAUGAUGGUAUUUGAUUACAAAAAUUUUUAGAAAACGGCGUAUAUUUGCUCCUUCCUACUUUUAUAUCGAGGGGCUAGCUGUGAUUAACUUUUGCAUAUUCAAUGGAUUUGCCAAUUCGGGCCUCAGGGCAUUAGACGCGAUCCAUCAGCGGGCUAUUCAUGAUAUGGCAGCAGACGUUCUGUUGGUAUGUAAAUGCCUUGAUAGAUGUUUAUAAGCGUUCUUACGUUUCACAAUUAUUUAGUAAUAAAAUUUUUCAGGUCACGAACUCGAUGAAGGAUAUAUUAAUGCAGGAGGAAUCUCUGAAUUUAAUUAGGGAGGUGGAAGAGAAACAAACAACAACUAGUCCAGCUCGUCAGAUCAACGGCGACUGA